GCUCAGGUGACAGAGAGGAAAGAGCACUCUCAGGUAAAGAAACAAAGAGAGAAGACACUGGUGAGAGAGGUGGAAGGGGAGGAGAGGACAGCAGUUAGGAAUACGAAGGAGGAGGGGGAGCAGAGGGAAAGUAGGCUGUAAACAAAUGAACAGAGGAUGAAGUGAGACACGCCUUGUGUUAGGUUAAAGCUGUUAGACAACUGAAAAAUUCAGACAGGACUCACUGGAACUUACUGGAAUAGCUACUCCAGAACAUUGCAACUUUGGCAAGGUUGAAGAAACAUGCAAAGAUGGAGACGUGUGAAAACAGCAUUGAAAGACUGACAAACGAGACACUCUAAAAGAGAAGGGACUAGAGGUGAAAGCUAAAGACGUUCCACAGAAGAGACUACAAACCUUGAGUGAGUAUACAUUGAUCAGCGUCACAGAUCCUUUUUCCAUCCCUCCGCCAUGGCCUCGAUGGGGAUCCAGAUGCUGGCCAGUGCCCUGUGCCUCCUGGGUUGGGCCGGGGUCAUCAUCAGCUGCGCCAUGCCCAUGUGGCGGGUCACAGCCUUUGUGGGCAGCACCAUUGUCACCUCCCAGACCAUCUGGGAGGGGAUCUGGAUGACCUGUGUAGUCCAGAGCACAGGGAACAUACAGUGUAAACCUUAUGACUCUCUCCUUGCCCUCAGCGCAGACUUGCAGGCUGCCAGGGCUCUCACCAUCCUGGCCAUCACUGUUGGAGGCAUAGGCCUCAUUCUGGCCUUUGUCGGAGGGAAAUGCACUCGCUUUUUGGACGAAGAAGGAGGCAGGGUUAAGGGCAAGGUGGCGUUGGCAGCGGGGGCAGUGUUGAUUGCCACAGGGCUGCUGUGUUUGAUUCCCACCUCCUGGGUAGCUGGGGCAGUUGUGAGGAAGUUCUACAGCGCCUCCAUAGAUGCCCAGCGGAGGGAGAUUGGAGCCAGUCUCUACAUUGGCUGGGGAGCAUCCAUCCUGCUUAUCCUGGGAGGGGGUUUGUUCAUAAGCUCAAAUUGGCCUUUAAAAGCCCACAAUGAAGACAAAAGCCCCUCCGUCCGCUACCUGGUGGUCCGCUCCUCCAACGGGUCGAUCCCCACAGGUUCUCAUCGCAGCAGAGUGCCUUCAGCAGAGUCUCGGCCUGUUGGAGCAUCCACAAAAUCUCAGAUGUACACAAGGCCUCCCUGGGAAGACGGGCCUGAUCAGGACUCAAGGCAGCAGUCAGAAAGAUCGUGGGCAGCGUCAACAAAGUCCCAGAUGAAGAGACUCGAGUCGACUAAAUCUGAAAACAGUGAGGCUCCUUCUACAAAGUCUCAGCUGAAACAAGCAGAAAUGGACAAUAAUUUAUCAGUCAAGAGUGACAAUGAGGCUAUAUCCUCAGAUCCAGCGAAAACAUACCUGUAAUACCUACACUCACAAUGCACUUACAAUUAUACAUACAACAUGAAGGUUUGACACAUUAACAGUUGUUUAGAAGUUUGCUUAUUUUGUGUGUUGAGUGAUUAGUGAGUAGUUCAUGAAGUUGAUUCAGCAUUUACAGUAAGUGCAGUUAUCUUUAUACUCAAGCAUGUUGUUUUGAUCAAUGGACUGAAGGGAAGAGGUGUGGACUAGAGUCAUCAACAUGCAGAAGAAUAACAGCUUUAAUAUGUUAUGUUUUGCACUGAGAAUGAACUAAAAAUGAAAUACAGCAACAAACUCAGUCAAAGUGUAAUGAAAUAUGCCUUUGUUGUCUACUUUUUUUUUUUUUUUCAAAAAACAUCCUUAUGUGAGACUGGGAUCAAUUAUUUUGCCCAGUGUUUAUAUGCACUGAAUGAGGAUGAAUCCAUCCACAUGACCUCAGACUUAACCUGUUUGCUACUGCUGGACAAAUAGCAACUUUAACCCGUGUGCUCCUUUGAUAUACUCUGCAGCCUUGAAACAUCUCUUUGUGUGAUAAAAUGUUACAUUUUUGUCUUGUGCAGCUGCAUUAGCAACAAA